GGCCCUCGCAGAACAUCGCGGUGCAGACCGACUUCAAGGCGGCCGAUGCGAAUGUGAACACGGACCAGGACAUCGAGAAGAACUUGGACAAGAUGAUGUCUGAGCGGGCCUUGCUGAAGGAGCGCUACCAGGAGGUGCUGGACAAGCAGAGGCAGGUGGAGAAUCAGCUGCAGGUCCAGCUUAAGCAGCUCCAGCAGCGGAGGGAAGAGGAGAUGAAAAACCACCAGGAGAUCCUGAAAGCGAUUCAGGAUGUUACGAUCAAGCGAGAAGAGACUAAGAAAAAGAUGGAGAAAGAAAAGAAAGAAUUCCUGCAGAAAGAGCAGGAUCUCAAAGCUGAAAUUGAGAAACUCUGUGAGAAGGGCAGAAGGUUGCUGAAGGAGCAGGAGGAGAAGGAAAACAAGAUUGCCUCUCUGAUUGCAGAGCAGUCUGAUGAGAAGCAGCUGUGGGAGAUGGAGCUGGACAAGCUGAAGAACCAGCACAAUGAAAUCAACAGGAACAUUCUUGAGGAGACAGAACGGGCCUGGAAGGCAGAGAUCCUGUCCCUGGAGAGCCGGAAGGAGCUGCUGGUGUUGAAACUAGAAGAAGCAGAAAAAGAAGCAGAGCUACACCUCACCUACCUCAACUGUGCUUGCAGGUCUGCGCCGCCCACGCUGGAGACCAUGAGGCCAAAGCAGGAGUGGGAGAUGAGGCUGAACAGGAUACGAAUGACCAAGCAAAGUGUCCGAGAUCAGUUCAAUGACCACAUCCAGAUGGUGAGGAAUGGCACAAAGCUGAGCAGCCUCCCCCAGAUCCCGACGCCGACGCUGCCUCCCCCGCCUUCGGAAACAGAUUUCAUGCUGACGGCAUUCCAGCCCAGCCCAUCCCUGACCCCCCGGCUCCCCUUCCCCAUCGGGCCCGUCCCCGUGCCUAUGGUCAUGCCCAGCGCCGAUCCCCGGGCGCUCUCCUUCCCUCUGCUCAACCCCGCCAUGUCCAGGCCCAACCAGCCCUCCCCGCCCCUGCCCGCGUCCCAGGGCAGGAACAGCCCGGUGGUGGCGUCGCUGAUGGGCACACACAGCCCCCACAUGGCCCCCGCCGCCUCCAUCCCUCCUCCGCCCGGCCUGGGCGGCGUCGGCGUCGCUCCCGAGUUCCACCGGCCCCACCAGCCGGCCGACAAGCUGGAGAAGCUGCUGGAGAGGCUGCUGACUCGGUUCCCACAGUGCAACAAGGCCCAGCUGACCAGCAUCCUGCAGCAGAUCAAGACUGCCCGGAGGACCUUGGCCGGCCUGACCAUGGAGGAGCUGAACCAGCUGGUGGCAGCCAAGCUGGCAGAGCAGCAGGAGCGGGCAGCAGCUGGUGCUCAGCCUCUGGGCCGGAUCAGGGCCCCCAUGUUCUCUGCUCCCCUGCCUCAGAUCAGCACGCCCAUGUUCCUGCCCCCGGCCCAGGUCGCUUACCCGGGAACGGCGUCACACACCCCAGCUGCCUGUAAGCUGUGUCUGAUGUGCCAGAAGCUGGUGCAGCCCGGUGACCUUCACCCCAUGGCCUGCUCACAUGUGCUGCACAAGGAGUGCAUCAAAUUCUGGGCACAAACCAACACGAAUGACACUUGCCCCUUUUGCCCAAGCCUCAAAUGACGGCUGCUGGGACAACGUGGGCCCCCAGGAGGAGUUGCUGUGAAUAGACAGGAUCAGUUCUAAGAUUUCUACAGUUCUAUAUUUAUACGAUCAUGUAUACACAUGUACAUUUUUAUUAUAUAGGUAAUGUGUGUAUAGAAAGUCUGUAAACAUACAAAUUCAUAAAUAAAGUGUGUAUAUUAUGCAGUGAUUUGCUGCAGCUCCUCAUUUCUUAGCCCACAGCCUUGCUGGCUUCUUCCAAAUGAGGGUCAGUGUUCCCUGCUUGCUGGGAACUGCCUCAGCCACCUCUUCCCACUUGGAUCCCAUCAGCUCCUUUCCUAGGGCCAUUCCUCACCACCCCCACAUCCCUGCCAGCCAUCACCUGUUCUUUCCCCUCUUGCCAACAAACAAGCUGCAGGUAAAGAGCCAAUUUCUCGUGGUCAUUUUUUUUUCCUUUUUAAUGUCAUAAUAAUUUACCGUGUUAACAUUCAUUGUUCUUACAUAGACACUGGGUUACAGAGUACUGGAGCCUCCAGCGACAGCCCAUGGUCCCAUCCCAUCCCAUCCCAUCCCUUCCCUUCCCCUGCUGCUGUCACUGGGCCCUGGGGAGGGAGCGGACGGACACGGCUGCGCUGCAGCUCAGGAUAAACCAACCUGUCCAAAUUCCUGCGUUCCCCUCUCCUGUACUUCCUCCUAGAGCACGGGCUGACACGCCAACCCUUUCUCCAUGGAUUUCGGUGGGAUUGCGAGGUGCUCAGCACCACUGAAAAUCUUGCAAUGACUCUCUAAAAAUUCCCCCCCGUUCCUGGCGGUCUGUGGCAGGAAUUGGGCACUGCUGGCAGCCCCUCUGCCCCGGGAGGGCAGGGGAGCAGCCCUGGGUGCUGACCCCGCCGCAGGCCGGCUCCUCCGGCGCGCACGCACACGCUCGGGGCGUGAUUUAAGGCAGUGGUCCACAACAGAGUCUCUGGGGUCCUGGGGGUCCUGGGCAGGCACGAGGGUGGGGGGAGAAGGUUUGCCCUCUUGCAGGGAGUGGCUGGGUGUGGGUUUGGAGCGAGGCUGGGGCCGGGGGGCUCUGGUGAGUGAGCAGGGGCAGUGUGGGGGCUGUUGUGGCAGUGCCCCAUGCGAGGGCUGGCUAGUCUACGCUGCCUGCCUUUCCUGGCUCCCUCGCUGCUUUCCCAAGGAAAUGUGGCUGCAGGAUUUAGUUAACAAGCUUUAUGCUCUGUGAUUGCUCUGGGCCCUCUGUCCCUGCCUGACCCAGUGGCUCUGCAGGGCAGCCGCCAGCUCGGCCCUGGCACUGCAGGUAUCCCCUCUUUUAAUUGUGGAAUCUCAGUGUUUGAGCUCCUUCCCAUCCAGGCUGGAAGCAGAGAAGCAAGGGAAUACAGCACUACCACUGCCUGCAAGGUCAGGGAUGUCUGCUCUGGGGAAGGGAUGGUGUUCCUGCAGCACGGGGAGGAGGGGUUGUCCUCACACAAUGGAAAAUCCUCCCUGUGCUGCAGCAACACCACAAGGACAGAGCUGCCUCCUGUGCUCAGGGUCCUUUGGGCUUGUGAGCCACUGCUCUGCGUGCCCCAGCCCCGCAGCCCCUCCUCAAGCCAGCUGGGACCCCCUCACCAUCACCAAACACACGGCUGCGGCACGAGCCCUGGUCCUGCAUGGUGCCCACAGUGGCCAAGGACUGAGCAGAAGGCUGAAGAGAUUAAAAAAAAAAACCCAAAACAAA